CGCGCUGGGGAACGUCCUGUGACGUGUCCGCUACGUGCGCUUUAUCAAGCGUCUUCCCGCGCGGCAACCUCCCCAGUCUGUCUGCUCCUCGGCGGUGGCUGCUGUCUUGGUCUCUUACGCCUUAAAGCCCAGCAUUCGAAUUCACUGCCAUGUCCUCUGAAGAGGGGAAGCUCUUCGUGGGAGGGCUCAACUUCAACACCGAUGAGCAGGCUCUGGAAGACCACUUCAGCAGCUUCGGGCCUAUUUCUGAGGUGGUCGUUGUCAAGGACCGGGAGACUCAGCGAUCCCGGGGUUUUGGCUUCAUUACCUUCACCAAUCCAGAGCACGCCUCAGAUGCCAUGAGAGCCAUGAAUGGAGAGUCUCUGGAUGGUCGCCAGAUCCGUGUGGACCACGCAGGCAAGUCGGCCCGGGGAACCAGAGGGGGUGCCUUUGGGGCCCAUGGGCGUGGUCGCGGCUACUCCAGAGGUGGUGGGGACCAGGGCUAUGGGAGUGGCAGGUAUGACAGUCGACCUGGAGGAUAUGGAUAUGGAUAUGGAAGGUCCAGAGACUAUGGUGGCAGAAACCAGGGUGGUUAUGACCGCUACUCAGGAGGAAAUUACAGAGACAAUUACGACAACUGAGAUGAGGCAUGCACACCUAAUUGUAGAUACACAAGGAAUAAAACUUCUUCUGAUCCAGGAUCAUCCCUCCAAAUGGCUGUAUUUAUAAAGAUUUUUGGAGCUGCACUGAAACAGCUGUUUUAGUAUGUCAACUUCUGUUUUUGAAUUGAGCUCCCAAGGUAGCUUGUUAAAGACCUUUUAGAAAGCUCCAUGUGUUUUUUACAGUUUUUCUCCCAUUUAAAAACAAAUUCUGGAACGUUUGUAGAGUGUGGGUAUUUUUCCUUUUACCAGUUUUUUAGUUUGGGCUCUCAGGAUUGUUGGUCUGACAAAAAAUGUUUGGCCAGACUUAUGUUUUAAAAAAUCAUGUGCGUCUAGGAACAUUGUAAAAACGUGUGCACAAUGUUUAUCAUGGUUUGGAAGCAAUUUCUGAAUGUAACUAUAAGAAUCAAGAACAUGAUUACUUGGAGAUGUUUUUUACUCAAGAUCACUGCCCUGGUUAUAUAGAAGUUUCUUAAAAAUAUUUGUGAAUGUCAUUUUUUUUUCUAAUACUGGAAGAAAAAAAAUAUUCUGUUGUGUCUCAUGUAGUGUUUAGGAUGUCCUUCACGGAGAUGAUUAAAAAGUUGAAACCUGAAAACAA